AUGACCACCCCCUCAAAAGACCUCAUAAAAAGCGUCAAAGCCCAUGUAAAAGCCUACAUGGACCAAAACGACGCCUCCCACGACUUCCACCACAUCCGCCGCGUCGUCACCACCGCCCACAAAAUCUACCACGAACUCAAUUCCCCUCCUUCAAUGGACCUCGACACCAUCGCACUAGCAGCUCUCCUACACGACAUCAACGACAGAAAAUACCUACCCAACGGAACCACCCCAGAGGAAGCACGAACCAUGAUCUCCACCCUCCUCAUCGAAAAGGGAGCCUCUCCCCAACUAGCCGACAAAAUCCAAGACAUCUGCGAUGGCGUCUCGUAUAAGACCGAGAUGGGGGAUGUGGCUGCGAACCAAGCGCUCAUGCAGAAGUAUCCGGAGCUGAGGGUGGUGCAGGAUGCGGAUCGGUUGGAUAGUAUGGGGGCGGUGGGGAUUGGGAGGUUGUUUACGUUUGGGGGCGCGAGGACGCAUGGUGGGGGGAGGAUUAAUGGGGAGUUGGUUGCGAAAGAGAGUAUGCAGGAGACGAUGAAGUUGCUGGAUGGGAAGCUUUUGAUGCUGGCGGGGAUGAUGAAGACGGAGCCGGGGAGGAGGAUGGGGGGUGAGAGGGAGGCUNUUGGUUGCGAAAGAGAGUAUGCAGGAGACGAUGAAGUUGCUGGAUGGGAAGCUUUUGAUGCUGGCGGGGAUGAUGAAGACGGAGCCGGGGAGGAGGAUGGGGGGUGA